GCCGCUGGGCACACGGGGGCGGCGUCCCCGCAGAACCUGCGGGUGGAGGGGGUUUACUGGUCGUCGGGUAGGAAGACCCCCUACCCGUCUUCACGUCCCAGACAAGCCUUGGUGCUUGGCUUCGGAGCUCCCCAGAGCCGUUUGUCCCAGCCAUCAGCUGCAAGACCUUCACUUGCCUCCAUUCUCUGAGCAGCAGGAUCUGAGAGUCCAGGAGCAUCAGUGAAGAGAAGAUGUCUAAUGAACCACCCCCUCCUUAUCCUGGGGGCCCUACAGCCCCCCUUCUGGAGGAGAAAAGUGGAGCUCCACGUACCCCAGGCCGCACCUCCCCAGCUGUGAUGCAGCCCCCACCAGGCAUGCCACUGCCCCCUGCAGACAUUGGUCCGCCACCCUAUGAGCCACCAGGCCACCCAAUGUCCCAGCCUGGAUUCAUUCCUCCCCAUGUGGGUUCAGAUGGCACCUACAUGCCUCCAGGUUUCUACCCUCCUCCAGGACCUCAUCCACCCAUGGGCUACUACCCACCAGGACCCUACCCACCAGGGCCCUACCCAGGUCCCGGGGGCCACACGGCCACCGUUUUGGUCCCUUCAGGGGCAGCCACCACGGUGACAGUCCUACAAGGAGAGAUUUUUGAAGGUGCACCGGUACAGACGGUGUGUCCUCACUGCCAGCAGGCCAUCACCACCAAGAUCUCCUAUGAGAUCGGCCUGAUGAACUUUGUGCUGGGUUUCUUCUGCUGCUUCAUGGGGUGUGAUCUGGGCUGCUGCUUGAUCCCUUGCCUCAUCAAUGACUUCAAGGAUGUGACACACACAUGCCCCAGCUGCAAAGCCUACAUCUACACAUACAAGCGCUUGUGCUAACGGAGCAAGGCUCGGACUCCCCCACCUAUCAGUCUGGCCCCCCGUGCUUUGCUCCCCAUGCUCAGUGGUCGCUUCCCUACUCCCAUACCCUGGGUUUGGAAGCUGUGCCACCAUCCCCAGAAAUCCUGUCCUCACCCUGCCCUACCCUGAGCAUCUGACUCUUCCAACAAAAAUGUUGGGUUUAAAGGCCAAAGGCCAGUAGGUGGCAGAGGGGUGGCACUGAACUUGUGCAUUGCUGGUUAUUUGGCAUUUCUGAUCUAGAAGAUAAUCUGGGAAAGUUCUCCUACAGGGGUCUUUAGUCCUCCAUUUCCGUCCAAGGUCCAGUCUUGGUCCUGGCUUUCCCUGGGACCAAAAGCAACUCAAGCAGUAGUGGGUCCCAGUCUGAGGGCUGUGCCUGGAGCCACAGUUUCUGAUAUGUUGGGCCUAGAAUGGGCGUUGCCAGAGCUGAGUGGACCCAAGCAGGACAGGGUCUUGAGGCCUGGGUUUGUUAUAGGACGUUGUCCCUCUGGGGUACUACAGGCAAGACAACAGAAAUAGUGACAGCCAACUCUGGCCCUCAGAACUCUCAGGUAUGGAAACCCAGGAUCUCUAACCCCCUGUCCAAGUGCCCAAAAGCUGCCUGGUGUAAGGUAGAAAGGAUGCUAGGCAAAUCAUAGCCCUGGUAGCCAAGAAGGACUCUCCCUUGCCCCUUGCAGCUUUCAAGGUGGUGUACAGACUUCCUUUCUGGCCACACUUGUGAACCCCUGUAUUUUCUGGGGCCAGAAGGAAUACCAUGAGCCUAGCGUCUCCUGUUUACCCUCUGUCCUCUCUGUGUGUGGGUGUGACCUCUGGUGGCUGCUAUGUCCCAACUGGGACAGAUGGCAGGUUCACUGGGAUAUGCAACGCCCUCUCCAUUGGCUCACUUGCAGAAAGCACUGGACCCUUCUUUGCUUGUGGCUGCCGCUGUUGCUGUGCUGGCCCCUGCACUGGACUGGGGACCAGGAAGGAGCAGCUGAGUAGUAGGGGUACUUACUCUGGUGGACACCAGCCCUGUUGGGGUGCAAGCCCAGACCUGUCUUUACUUUCUGAAUGGUUGGUAUGUGGAUGCUAUAUCCUGUUGCUGUCCCUCUCCUGGUCUCGCACUGCCAUUGCAUGGCCUCUUGUCACUGUGAAUUGUGGCCUGGUCUCAGUUUGUAGUUCCUCAUUAAAAUGGCCCUUUCACUCCCCUG